AUGUCUCCGGAGUCCCGUUGGCGGAGCCCGGGAAGAGCCUCGAGCUCCAGUGCGAGGCGGCGCAGUCACUCCCGGAGCCCCAAAGCGAGCCAAUAUUCCCGCUCCCCGCGGGGCCACUCGUCGCGCUCCCACUUUUGCUCCUGCUCGAGCGACCACAACGGCCUCAGCCAGCACUCGAGGAAUCAGGGGUACCGCUCCCGCUCGCCAUCUUGCUCCCGGGACCGUUCCUUCGCGUCUUUGGGGGGCCCCUUCUCGGCUUCUCCGUCCUAUUUUGGCGGCUACUCGCGCCCCUACGAAAGUGACAAGCCGUGGCCGAGCGUCCUAGACAAGGAGCGGGAGGAGAGCCUGCGACAGAAGAGAUUCAGUGAAAGAGAGAGAAUUGGAGAAUUAGGAGCUCCAGAAGUGUGGGGACUUUCUCCAAAGAAUCCAGAACCAGAUUCUGAUGAACACACUCCUGAAGAGGAUGAAGAGCCAAAAAAGAGCUCUACUUCCAAAGAAGAGAAGAAGUCUAACCAUUGCAAGGAAAGGGCUAAGAAACGGCAGAAGAAAAAGUCAAAAGGAAAACACAAGAAGCAUUUUGAUGACAGCGACAGUGACUCUGAAUCUGAAACAGACUCCAGUGAUGAAAAUGCCAAAAGGAGAGCCAAGAAAGCCAAGAAAAAGGAGAAGAAGAAGAGAACACACAAACUGAAGAAAUACAAAAAGAAAAAGUCUAAGAAGAACAGAAAGGAUUCGAGUGAUUCAAGCUCUAAAGAGUCCCAAGAAGAAUUCCUGGAGAAUCCUUGGAAGGACCCAUCAAAGCCUGAAGAAACCUCAGAUUUCAUUGGUCCCGAAGCGCCCAAAACUCCUGCCUCUCAGGAUGAUAAGCCUUUGAACUAUGGCCAUGCUCUCUUACCUGGUGAAGGUGCGGCAAUGGCGGAAUAUAUAAAAGCUGGAAAGCGGAUCCCACGCAGAGGUGAAAUCGGCUUGACAAGUGAAGAAAUUGCGUCCUUUGAAGGCUCUGGUUACGUAAUGAGUGGUAGCAGGCAUCGCCGAAUGGAGGCCGUCCGACUGCGGAAAGAAAACCAGAUCUACAGUGCAGACGAGAAGCGAGCCCUGGCGUCCUUCAACCAAGAGGAAAGGCGCAAGAGAGAGAACAAGAUCCUGGCCAGCUUCCGCGAGAUGGUGUACAGGAAAACCAAAGGAAAAGACGAGAAAUAG